UCGUCGUGUUCCUCGUCAGCGUCCGCCGGCUGUCCCCGGCCCUUCCCUUGUAGUCCGUCGUCCUGCCUCUCCUCCGCAGCGUGUUCCUCUGCCGUCUCCUCCUGAGUCUUCUCUGCCUGUUGUUUCGGACCCUGAGUCUGACCGGUUUUGUGCUGAGCACCCUACUGUCACGCGUCUGCUAGCCACUGUUGUCACUGACCCGUCGCUUGAGUCUGCUGCUGCGUCUGCCCUAGUCGCUGAGCUUGUUGACUUUGCUGCUGCCUGUCGUCUAGACUACGCUGCUAGUCUUGUUGCUGAGUCUGAGUCUGUCUGUCCUCCGUCCGUCGGGGGUGAGUGUGCUCUUGGCACGGACGUCCUAGAGGACAGGCACGAGGACCUUGAGUGUUUUGCAGCCGCUGCGCCUCAUCUCGUGUCCAUGCUGCUUGCCCCUGAGGGAGACCCGGAUGCACCAGACAUCCCGACCCCGCGCUCUUACGCUGAGGCGAUCGCGGGCACCUACGUCGACGAGGUUCCCCCUCCUGGGGCGAACAUCGUCAGUGGCAUGUGGAUUUUCAGGGUGAAGCGGCCGCCAGGUUCUCCGCCUGUCUUCAAGGCUCGUUACGUUGCUCGAGGUUUCAGUCAGCGAGAGGGAGUUGAAUUCUUCAAGACCUUCUCCCCCACCCCGAAGAUGACCACUCUUCGGGUACUGCUGCACGUUGCCGCUCAGCGUGACUACGAGCUUCACUCUCUUGACUUCAGCACAGCUUUCUUACAGGGCAGCCUGCACGAGGAGAUCUGGCUGCGCCGCCCACCUGGCUUCACUGGGUCGUUCCCUCCUGGCACCCAGUGGAGCCUCCGGCGGCCGGUCUACGGUCUCCGCCAGGCGCCGCGUGAGUGGCACGACACACUGAGGACGACACUUGCGGCUCUUGGGUUUUCUCCGUCGACUGCUGACCCGUCGCUGUUUCUGCGCACCGACACUUCACUCCCGCCGUUCUACAUCCUCGUGUACGUCGACGACUUGGUCUUUGCCACUGCUGACACUGAGGCUCUCGCCCUGGUGAAGUCGGAGCUGCAGAAGAGACACACGUGCACAGACCUGGGUGAGCUGACAAGCUAUCUUGGCUUGCGGAUCACCCGGGACAGAGCACGCCGCACCAUCACACUGACUCAGUCACACAUGGUGCAGCAGGUCCUUCAGCGCUUCGGCUUCACCUGGUCCUCGGCACAGGCCACUCCUCUGGCUACAGGUCACUCGCUCUCAGCUCCACCUUGGGACGAGUCCGUAGAGCCGAGUGGUCCUUACCCAGAGCUAGUGGGCUGCCUCAUGUACCUGAUGACCUGCACUCGUCCUGACCUUGCGUACCCUCUUGGCCUUCUGGCUCGCUACGUGGCUCCUGGUCGGCACCGAAAGGUGCACAUGGAGGCUGCUAAGAGGGUACUACGCUACUUGUGCAGUACAUCGGGCAUGGGGCUCGUGCUUGGAGGACGGAGCGACGUUGUCCUCACUGGGCACUCAGACGCUUCUUGGGUUGACGACCAGGCUACGCAGCGGUCGUCACAGGGUUACACCUUCAGCCUUGGCUCUGGUUCGGUUUCUUGGCGUUCUACAGGCUCGUCUUCAGUUCUCGGCUCCAGUUGUGAGGCUGAGAUCUACGCCACAGCCAUGGCUGCACAGGAGUUACGCUGGCUCACCUACCUGCUGACCGACUUGGGAGAGAGGCCUCGUUCUCCUCCAGUGCUGUACGUCGACAACAAGGCCGCCAUUGCCUUGUGUCAGGAGCACAGACUGGAGCACAGAACGAAGCACAUCGCUCUGCGUUACUUCCUUGCUCGAGAGCUACAGCAGCGUGGUCAGCUUCGUCUUGCUUACGUGGCCACUCGGGCCAACACUGCUGAUAUAUUCACCAAGGCGCUUCCGCCUGGUGAUCAUCAGCGUUUCUGUACUUUGUUAGGCCUUGUGCCUACGUUUCCACACUUGCUGUAG